AUGCCCAAACAGACUCCCGCAAAGGUCGAGCGCACACGGACGUUUACAGGCUGCCGCACGUGUCGCAGCAGACAUGCAAAGUGCGACGAGGCCCAGCCCGAGUGCGGCACGUGUAAGCGGCUCGGGUUGACUUGCGGUGGGUACGGCGCGAGGCUGUUUUGGAUAUCGGAUGAUGGGGUCCGGCCGGAGCUGCAGCAGAGCCAUCGGGGCUCCGAGUACCGGUAUCCACUCUUCUCCGAGAGCCAACGCAGGGUGAUGAGUGCUGAGUUGGCGGAUAGUCUGGGUAGACGGACUGCAGCCUCUCUUUUGGCUGAUAUCGACUCCGCCUGUGAGAGGUUGAAUGCCCAGGAUGAUGGUUCGAGUCUAAUCAAAGGGCCAUUUGGGGCUUUUCAGUCAGUUCAAGAGCCAGUGCCAUUGACCUUGGACAACAUUGAAUGUUCUCCAGACACAAAUACAGACAACACCUCCGGGAGCAUGUAUCCCGAGACAGACGGCUUCAUCGAAGAGAUUCAGCGAGCGGACUGGCCCGACCAACUCCCUGGAGAUGAUAUGGAUAUCUUCACUGCUUCCUUGGAUCCAACCUUUGGUCUGAAUCACGAUGAUGAAACCAUACCUGAUCAAAUCCAUAUGCAUGACCCGUCAAUGGCAAACUUCUUCAUGGACGACCCAACAGCAGCUCAAGGACUCUCAAUAUUCAGUCCAGGCUUCAUAUCCCAAGUCAUGGGCCACGAUGCGAGUGCAGAUACUGAAGAGACCCUCGAUCCAGCACUCCGCCAUCCAAUGAGUGAAAUGGUCCCUUAUCCCAGAGACAUCCCCCACAGCCAUUCAGGACUUCCAGAAGAAGCAGAACCGUUACUUCGCCACUACAGACAAGCCAUGGCCGGCCAACGCUCAACCAUGCAGGCAAAGCGCAAGUCCCCAUGGGAGAUAAUAUUCCUCCCAUGUGCACUUGAGACUUUUGCUGAGCUCUCUCUAUGGAACGAAGCUUCUCAUACACGAUCAUCGAUAUUCUACACUCUUCUUGCCCACAGCGCGCUUCAACUGCACAUGGCUCAGAAGCCUGACGCUCUUUCUACCAAUUGGAAGGAGAUUGGUUUGAGAAACCACGAGAGAGCACAGAGCCAUCUGCGACAAGCUUUGCAGCAUGAGAUGUUCGGUCCGAAACAGGCGAGCUACAAGGAACUUUUGAUGGCUAUCCUUGCGAUGGCCAUGACUUCGUUGCACAAUGGUACUCGUGCGUUUCGAAUCUUCCUCCUCGAUGCCGAGCGACUCAUCCGUCUUCGAGGCCUGGCCAACCAAAACCCUUUUAAAACACGUCUUCUGCACCACAUGUACACCCACCUUCGUGUCAUCGCGGAGAGUAUGUCGCUUUGUAACGAAGCGCUACCAGAGUGCUCUACGGAAGUUCAAGAUCGUGAUCUGAGCCAGGGUCGAACUUUCCGCAUUACUGAAGAGGGCUUGAAUAUGGGUCUUGACCCUGCGUUGGAGAAGACUGAUGAGGUAGGGUAUAGUGACAUUCAUCUUGAGGUGCAAGGUCAAUGGAGUCAAACAUUGUACCCUGUCAUCUAUGGUAUCCCAGAGUCUCUUAUGACACUGCUAUCUCAGACAGUUUCAUUAUCAAACGAGAAGACCCGUCUGGAGACCGUCGCGCGUUGCAACCCCAGUAUAUCAGAAGCCUUAGCAAAACACACCAAGACCCUCGAGAACAGAAUCUGGGCUUGGACAUCAACACUAGGCCCUUCAGAGCCUACAAAGGUACCAACAGGAGCCGACCAAGACCUUCUCACACAUCCCCAAGUGCGAUCCAUGACUCUCGCAAUCCACCAAGCACUCAUCAUCUACUUCUACCGCAGGGUAUAUGACAUGAACGCCAUGAUCCUGCAGGACCUGGUGAAGAAAACGCUGGACUAUCUUGAGCCGUGCCUGAGCGAGUUGAUUGACGAUCAGGAUUUUGCGACGAGUUUGGCGUGGCCUGCUUUUGUGGCUGCGUGUGAGGCUGUUUCUCCCGAGUUGCAGGAGAGAGCGCUGAAGUGCUUGGGAAUUACGGAUGAUAAAGGAGUAUAUUUCACGCCUAAGCCGGCCAAGACUGUUGUGCCGCUUAUAUGGGAUAAGAGAAGAGAGUCUGGGGAUUGCACUACGAGUUGGCAAAGCCUUGUAUUGGAUUCUUUAUCAUAG